GGACGUGACGUCAGCGGAAGUGCAAGGGGCGGUCGGGGAAGGUCGGUAAACACCGAGCCUAAGCAGUUGCGUCGUGCUUUUAAGAGUAGGAGGCAAAGAUGUCGGAACGAAAAGUUUUAAACAAAUACUACCCGCCCGACUUUGACCCGUCCAAGAUCCCCAAGCUCAAACUCCCCAAAGACCGGCAGUAUGUGGUACGGUUGAUGGCCCCCUUCAACAUGAGGUGUAAGACGUGUGGAGAAUACAUCUACAAGGGCAAGAAGUUCAACGCCCGCAAAGAGACGGUGCAGAAUGAAGCCUACCUGGGCCUGCCCAUCUUUCGCUUCUACAUCAAGUGCACGCGCUGCCUGGCGGAGAUCACCUUCAAGACAGACCCCGAAAACACUGACUACACCAUGGAGCACGGAGCCACACGGAACUUCCAGGCCGAGAAGCUCCUGGAGGAGGAGGAGAAAAGGGUGCAGAAGGAGCGGGAGGAUGAGGAGCUGAACAACCCCAUGAAGGUGCUGGAGAACCGAACCAAGGACUCCAAGCUGGAGAUGGAGGUUCUGGAGAACCUGCAGGAGCUCAAGGACCUGAACCAGCGGCAGGCCCACGUGGACUUCGAGGCCAUGCUGCGGCAGCACCGCCUGUCCGAGGAGGAGCGGCAGAAGCAGGAACAGGAGGAGGACGAGAGGGAGACGGCGGCCUUGGUGGAGGAAUCGAGGAAGCGAAGACUGCUAGAAGACUCUGACUCGGAGGAGGAGGAUGGUGCUCCUGCCCCGCCCCAGCCAGCCCUCUGGCCCAACCCCACCGCCAUCCUGGACGAGCAAUAUGCCUUCAUCGAGACUUCUCAAGCCUUCCCUGUAACUUUUACAGAAGGAUAUCUCUUUCUGCACCUCUGUUUCCUUGGUCGAGUUUAAUGACGGCGAGUACAAUGGGCAUAGACAGUUUGGGGACAAACACUCGUGACUCUUAGCACUCAGCCUGCCCUGGGAGCCCGUGAUGGUGUCUGACAGAAGGAUCAAAGGCGCAGUUGAGUCCGGGAGUCACUGCAGUGGCCCGGAUAAGAAAGCUUUGCCUGGAAUUGCUGGUCUCCCUCUGUCCCCCCACUGGACUGCACCUGUCAUGGUCGCCACUCACUGAGCCCCACGGCCAGGACACACGGAACACAGUAUGGCCACUGUGUCCUCCUCCUCCCCACCAUUCCCCGCUCCAGCUGAACCAGCCCCAUGGGUGAGCCAAGGUCAGCCCCACCUUCGAGCCUUUGCCUCGCUGUUCCCGCCGCCUGCAGCACCCUUCCUCACAUGUCCACUUGGUAACUCCUCCUCAUUCUGACAUAGGCCCAAAGCCCCCUCUCUAAGGAGACCUACCCUGACGCCCUCAUCGACAGUGGCCGCCCCUCCCUCCUGCUGUCACAGCCUGGCUUCUUUCUUUCACACCACUCAUCAAGACACAUGUUGUCCUGACCAUCUACUUGAUUGCCCACCCUCUGUGGUCCAUGAAGGCAGGACCCUCCCCGUCAUGUUCCCCCUGCAUCACCAGCUCCUAGCUCAGAUAGGGCCUCCUUAGUCUAGUGGUUUCCAGUUCCUCCAUUUCAACAUAAAACAGAUAAAAGGGGUCCCUUCUGGUGUGAUUGAAGAGCUGAGAGUGGGCCUGAGCACCUUUCUGCCUCCUCCUGGCUAGUCCCCAAAGUGGGUGCCUCCGUUUUCCCUCAGACAUGUUGAGGGAGCACCGACUGUGUCAGGAACUGUUUGCGGCACUGCAGACCCAGCAGUGAAUGAGACAGGAACCCACGGCAUAGUUGGGGGGCCAGUUAGUAAGGUGCUAGAGGGCUGUGGGCAUGGCCAUACAGCACUCACUUGAGCUUGAACUGUCGGGAAAGGUGUCCCAGGGGAGUGGAUACCUGAUUUGGGUAUUGAAGGAUGAGUAGGAGUUCACCAAGUGAACUAGAGGCAAAGGGGGUGUCCCAGGUGGAAAGAAUGGCAUGGUAAAGGCAUGAAACUGAGAAGCCACAGUGUGACUUAAGAAGUGUAAGUGCAGCAUGUAUGGGAUGCAAAGUGGACAGAGGCCUUGAGUACCAAGCUUGGGGCAAUGGGGAGCUGUAGAGUUUAGAGGAGGAAAGACUUGGUCAGCACAGGAGAGGGAGUGGAGGUUUCAAAGAUCCCUCUGGCAGCUGGUUCAGCAGGAGACUAGGAGCAAGGAGGCCAGAGAAGGGGUGGCAUCUGGGACAGACCACCUACUCGUGUCCCCCCAUCAU